ACGAUGGACGCCGUCGCCGCUCGCCGCCCUCUCCACGGAAAACGCUCCUUCAACUCCCGACACACUAUGCUACAUGCUCACGCACACCCCCGCACGCCCCUCGACUCCCCCGCCGCCUAUGAUGCCUCCGAGGAGGACAACGACCCCCUGACCGACGACGCCGCCUCCGCCUCCAGUGUCCCCGCCCCCGCCGCCCGCCUUCUUGCUGCUAACGCUAACGCUAGCAGCAGGCAGGCCAGCGCUCGCCGCCCUCCUCCUGGCCGCACUGCACUCGCGGUCGCGCUCAUGAGCGACGACGACGCCGGCACCGACUCGCCUACCUACGAUGGUGACAUCGAGAGCAGCACCACUGCCGCUGCGCCGGGCCCCCGCGUGCCCAUCGCCUCCACGUACAGCAGCAAUUACGACUCGUCGGCGAGCACCCGCGCCGCGUCCCCCGCAUCCACCCUCACCAGCCCCGCGAGCCCCGCCGCGCCUCUUCCACCUACGGGAAGUGAUCCUGCGCCAUCGGACCCGCAUCUCGCCACAGAGCUCUCAGAACCGCUGCCUGCGCCCAUCGCCGCGGCUGCUUUCGACCCUGCGAAGCUCACGCCCGCCGACAUUCAGGCGUACGUCCGCGCUGCAAUUGCGGCUGAGGGCCAGGAUGCACGGCAACGGAAAUACAAAGUCAAUCCGCCGCCGGCGGGCCGUCCAGCGCGCAUAUAUGCGGAUGGCGUAUACGAUCUCUUUCACUUCGGACAUGCCCUCCAGCUGCGCCAAGCUAAGCUCUCGUUCCCACCCCCCGCGUUCGCCGGCUCCGCUUCGGAGGACACGCCUGCGUGCGCCGCGUCGGGUGUGCACCUCCUCGUUGGCGUCAAUUCGGACCAGCAGUGUACAGAGCACAAGAACAGGCCUGUCAUGAAUCAUGCCGAGCGGUGCGAGGCGGUGCGACAUUGCCGCUGGGUCGACGAGGUGGUUCCGGACGCGCCAUGGGUGAUCGACGAGGCGUUCUUACAGAAGCAUCAAAUCGACUACGUAGCGCACGACGAGGAUCCAUACGUAAGCGGCGGCCUUGACGACGUUUACGGAUACUGCAAAAGUAAAGGCAAGUUCAUCCCCACACGGCGGACGCCGGGCGUGAGCACGUCGGAGCUGCUCGAGCGCAUCGUGUCGCAGUACCGCUUGCGCGCGUUCGACAAGAAGCUCGCACGCAUGGGCCACGCGGAGCUGAUGGCAGAGGGAAGCGACUACGACGAUAGCGCACCAGGGAGUGUGCGCGUGAGCCGCGCGGGGAGCCCUGGCCCGCGGUAGUCCUUGUUGUGAUGGUAGAAAAUGGACAUAAAAGGAAGCGUGCUUGGAUCUGGAUACCGAGUGUAGAUGGUACGUGUACGAAAGGUUCUAAUGUUAUUGACUCGACUUCCUAGUGG